CCCGCCGCCUGCCGUCAGUCCCCCGGUCCCCGGUCCCCUGGCUCACGGGCAUGGCGCGCGCGGCGGGGCCCGAGCGGCGGCUCCUGGCCAUCUACACCGGAGGCACCAUCGGCAUGCGGAGCGAGCGGGGCGUGCUCGUCCCUGGCAAGGGCCUGGCCGCCGUUCUGAGGACACUGCCCAUGUUCCACGAUGAGGGGCAUGCCCAGGCCUGUGGCCUCCCCGAGGACACCUUAGUGCUGCCGCCUGCCAGCCCCGCCUGCCCUGACCAGAGGGUCAUGUACACGGUGCUGGAGUGCCAGCCUCUCUUCGACUCCAGUGACAUGACCAUCACUGAGUGGGUUCAGAUCGCCCAGACCAUUGAGAGACACUACGGGCAGUACCAUGGCUUUGUGGUCAUCCAUGGCACCGACACCAUGGCCUUCGCCGCCUCCGUGCUCUCCUUCAUGCUGGAAAACCUGCAGAAAACCGUCAUCCUCACUGGUGCCCAGGUGCCCAUCCACGCCCUGUGGAACGACGGCCGUGAGAACCUGCUGGGUGCCCUGCUGCUGGCUGGCCAGUACGUGAUCCCCGAGGUCUGCCUGUUCUUCCAGAACCAGCUGUUUCGGGGCAACCGAGUGACCAAGGUGGACACGCGCAGGUUUGCAGCCUUCUGCUCCCCCAACCUGCCCCCUCUGGCCACCGUGGGCGCUGAUGUCACAAUCAACCGGGAGCUGGUGCGGAAGGUCCGCGGGCAGGGCCGGCUGGUGGUGCACGGCAGCAUGGAGCGCGACGUGGGCCUGCUACGCCUCUACCCCGGGAUCCCCGCCGCCCUGGUCCGGGUCUUCCUGCAGCCCCCCCUAAAGGGCGUGGUCAUGGAAACCUUCGGAUCGGGAAACGGGCCCACCAAGCCCGACCUGCUCCAGGAGCUGCGGGAGGCAGCUGAGCGAGGCCUAGUCAUCGUCAACUGCACCCACUGCCUUCAGGGCACCGUCACCUCGGACUAUGGCCCUGGCGGGAGCCGGCACCAUCUCAGGCUCCGACAUGACAUCGGAGGCGGCCCUGGCCAAGCUGUCGUAUGUGCUUGGCCUGCCGGGGCUGAGCCUGGAUGGCAGGAAGGAGGUGCGUGCCCCUCCGGCUGGGGACCCAGGCCUGCACUGGUGGGCGGUGGGGCCCAGUCCGGGGGAUAUGUGCCUGGGUCUGGAAGGGGGGCGAGGACGGGGGGCUCCCCCGAUCGGUUGCCAGCCCCAAGCCCGGGCACUGCCUGUCCUCCCCUCGAGGAGCCCCAGGUCUGGCUUGGGCUAAGGAUCCCCAAACUGUCCCAGGGUAUCCCCUCCCUCUUGCUUUUCAGGCUGGCCUCAGACACGGCUGUCCCUGGGCCCUGGGGCUGGGCAGAGGCCACAGGGGCCUGGGGAGACCCUGAGCUGGAGGGCUGGAGGGUGGGGCUGGCCUGGUGUGGGGAUCUGCCUGGGGUUAGGCUCCGGCCUCAGGCAUGGAGCCCGAGGGAGGAGUUUCAGGCCCUGGGCAGCCCUCUCCCGGGGUCUGGGGUGCCUGGCCUGCGAGGUCUGUCUGGGCUGCUGGGUCCGGGCCCUGAUGGAGCUGGCCCGGGUCUCCGUGCGCCGCCCCCCCCCCCGGCAGCUGCUGGCCAGGGACCUGCGCGGGGAGAUGACGCUGCCCGCCACGGACGAGCUCCGGCCCUCUCUGCGGGGCAGCACGCCGGGCCUCGGGGUCGCCCAGCUCCUUAGUCUGAGCCAGGUACUGUCCAGCGUGGGCGAGGGGGUCUGGGCGGUGGGUCCCUGAGGGAUGGGCUCCCGCCCCCUGGCAUUUUGGUGCCAGGAGCAGAAAACCACCAGGCACGAACUGGUUCUGGGCUCGGGGCCACAGUGGGGAGGGUUUGCAGGGACUCGUGGGCCAGCGUGUGGGAAGGGGCCGGGCAGUCGAGAGGGGCCCUUGCAGCGUGCACACGGUGCUCAGAACAUGGCCGCUCACCCGGUGGGCAGCCGGGCGGGGCCUACUGGCCCUGGUGCAGGGCCGCCUCGUGAGGGGGACGCUCUCAGGCAGCAUGGGCGCUCUGUCCGUCCUGCUGCUGGCGGGAGAGAGGUGUCUGCUCUGGGGUCUCCCUGGGAAGAGGGGCCAGGCUUGGAGCUCCUUCCCCUUCUCAGCCAGGGUGCCCAGGCCCAGGAAGGGACCGAGGACUUGCUUUAGGGCCUGGGAUCUGAGAUUUAAGCUGGGCCAGGCUCACGGGGGUGACUGGGGCCUCCUGGUGCCCCACCUUACCACCACCCCCAGCACUGGCCUCUGGGAGAAGUGUCCAGACCUGGUGCGCCUGACAGGAGACGGGCACUGUGUCCCGUUGCUGACCCGGGUCACACCACGUGCCUCAGUUUCCCCUCUGCAGAGUGAGGGUGGGAGAGUGGAGAGUGGCAGGAACUUAACCUGUUUGCCAGGGAUGGGCAGCAGCCAGACGUGUGCGGCCUGUCGUCACAGUGGAUGCCUCGGGCCUUAAUGACUCCAGAUCUCAGUCCCCGCCAUGGUGCCUGGCGCGGGGAUGCCUACGGGGGCCUCUGAUGGGACCCCCAGCCGUCU